AUGGAACAAACGUUCUCGGUUUUCAGUCAUCCGGCUGCGGCUACAACCAAAUCGGUGGUCAAUGUACCUACAACCAGCAAUGUUCGGGUGAUUCCACUUGUCAGUUUAACGUAUGUCGCUGUCCUUCUGGAACUAUUCAAACCGCUGAUGGAUACUGCAGAAAUGGAGUGCCUUGACGCGCAGCAAAUGGCGCCUCUCGCUACAAGAAGAGGUGGUCUAACGAGAACCUGUAGAGGCCGAUCAAAUGCCGGUAAUACGACAGUGCCCGGUGGUACUGUACUGUACACAAUCAACAGUUUGGCAGCGAUCUUUUUCUUCGGCAAAGACAGAACACUGGGGGAACAGGACGAUGCAAGAAUCCGUCUGAAUCAAUUGUCUACGAGAAUGGGCAAGCCAUCAAUUGCCUGCUUACGCGGUGUCCUUCCGACAGUCACUGUGAACACAGCGAUAGUCUACAACAGUACGUGUGCUGUCGAUGAGAGAUAUUAA